GUCCGCUUCCCGCUCGUCAGCUGAUAAGCGAUUGUGCCGCUCGUACCGUGACGUGGUCGUUGUCGCUCAAGAGGAUUUCCCAGUUGCCAAAAUCGCCGGUCACGGGUCUAGCAUGUUCUGCUACCACUGCCCACCUUCCCUUCACCCAAGCUCGGCCCCCCGCCUCCCCUCGCUGGAGUACCCCUUCUCAUCGUCCCAUCCAUACACCAGUUACUCAUAUCACCCCGCCAUCCACGAUGAUUCCUUCGUUCGUCGCAAGCAGAGGCGAAACAGAACCACCUUCACUCUACAACAGCUUGAGGAACUGGAGACAGCGUUCGCACAGACACAUUAUCCUGAUGUCUUCACAAGGGAAGAUCUUGCUAUGAAGAUAAACCUGACUGAAGCCAGGGUUCAGGUGUGGUUCCAAAACAGGAGAGCGAAGUGGCGCAAAGCGGAGAGACUGAAGGAGGAGCAGAGGAAGAGAGAAGAUCAAGAUAUUGGAAAGAGAAACUCCGAUAAGGACAUCAAAGACUCUAAGACUCUAGGGUCCGAGCCCGAUGUAUGCAGCAGUGGUGAGGACGCUGACAUGGAAGAUAUGAACCUUCAAGUCUCCGACCGAGCUACACCAGUCAGCUGUGACAACGAGGACCGUGCAUACUCACCCAACGCCGGUGACGUAUCUCCCCGACCUCCAGCCGCUGGGUCUACCAGCGUCACUUCAUCCCCCCCAGGAGGGGACCGACCCCCCACCACCCCCACAGCUACAUUCACUCACCCUCUCUUUCCAGGGUUCACCACUGACGGGUCCGGCAGUUUUCGCCCUGUAGGAGAGGGAGGAUCCGCCCACAGACACAACCCUCCGUUGUUUUUCCCGCCUCAGUUUCCGCCACCGCUGUUCCCUUCGCUCAAAGGAUUCCCCGGACUGUGCUCCUGCUGCCCGAUGAAGCCGCUGUCUCUUCUGCCAGAGCACGCCGCGGGCGCCGAGCAGCGGUCCUCCAGCGUGGCCGAGCUGCGGCGCAAGGCUCAGGAACACUCCGCCGCGCUGCUCCAGUCGCUCCAGCAGGUAGCCAGCUUCCAGCAGCAGGCAGCCGCGGCGCUACACCUGCCUGUCAGCCUGCAACUGCCGUCGCUGUCCACCCUACAGGCUCUGGCCAGGACCAAGGACCCUUCCUCGCCUACGCCCCCGCAGGCACACACACCCGCGCCGACGUCCUCCCAGCAAGCCUAGACUGUUAAAGUGCGUUCGAAAAGUACAGGCUGAAAAAGUCAAAGUCGUUAAACAGUGGGAUUAAAAACGUUCAUUGAUUCUGUAACUACUGAUAAGCUCUAUAAAUUAAUUAUAUUUAGUUUUUAUAAUCUGUUUUUGUCCUAUGAGUCUCUAAUACAUCAGUUUUCUAACUGAAAGAGCUACAGUAAAACUACGUAUUUUCCUAUUCAAUUAAAAGUUGUAAGAAACGUAACCGAAGCAUUAACCUAAUAAUAGCGGUUCCUUCAACAACAACAAACAUCAUGACUUAAUAUGAACUACAUUU